AUGAUGUUCAAGGCAGCUCUCUUUGGGCUUUUGUCCGUAUUCUUCCUCUCUGGCUCUGUACAGGCAGAGCUCGACUUCAAUCAAUGGCAUCCAGCAGUAGCUGGGGAUCUUCGCUGUGGAUGUCCGGCCAUGAACAGUCUGGCUAACCACGGCUUCGUCAACCGCAAUGGAAGCAACAUCACCGUCGACGAAGUGAUCCCACUGAUGAAAGAGGUCUUCCAUCUCAGCGAGGAACUCGCCACCAUUGUCACCGGACUGGCUGUCCUUUCCGCUGACGACCCUGCAUCGGGCCGCUUCGAUUACGGCAUGCUGAACCGCCAUAACAUCUUCGAGCACGAUGCAUCCCUCACCCGCAAAGAUGCAUACCUCGGAGGCGACGGCCACACCAUCGAUCCAGUUGCCCUGGAGAAGUUCCUCGGUCACUUCGAGGGCAAGCAGUGGAUCGAUCUCAACGAUGCUGCAGCGGCCCGGUAUGAGCGGGUACUUGAAUCGCGAGAGAAGAACCCUACCUUCCUCUACCAGGACCAGCAGAUCAUCACGACGUACGGCGAGACCAUCAAGUACUUCCGCACCAUGGUAGACCCCCGCUCGAACAAGACGUCGGCCGAGUUCGUCAAGAUCCUGUUCAGUGAAGAGCGCCUGCCUGUCAAGGAAGGCUGGCAACGACCGAGAGAAGAAAUAAGUGGCUUUUCCCUGGCUAGCGAUGUGGUACAACUUGCUCUGCGCACACCAGAGGAUGUCACGGGCAUGCCCUUCGACCAACGGCCAUUUGCUGAGCAAGCGGUUGACCCUCUCCCAUGGCAGCGUCCUCCGGUCUGGUCGCCACCCAAAUUUGGCAAGAGGGCGCAGGAUAUCUCUGAGUUUGCAAAACGGUUCACCAAGAAGGCUCUUUCUUUCCGUGCAUAG